UGGAAGCACCGGCUCUGUCUGAGUGGGAGGUCAGGGUACAUGGAGUUCAUUUACAAAAUAUACCGUUAAUUUGAAGUUUUAAAAUGAUUUAAGAGAACAACUGUAAACAUGUAUUCUUAUAUUUGGACGCUACUUAGUUUUGUUGUGGCUAUCUGGUUUAUAACAAGGUUAUUAGCAUGGAUGAUACAGUGGUUACUCCACAGAUACGCUGGUGUUUUGGUUCACAUCGGCAGCAUUGGACUCUUCAGUUGCCGUAAAGUUAUCCUGGAUGUAAAGAAAGGAUUGAAAAUUGAAAUAGAUAAAGCUUGGUUGUCCAGUUGUUUUGUAAAUCAGGAGGUCAAGAAGCCAGUUGUUGUUUGCAUAUCAGAUAUAAGAAUACAAGCCAAUGCUCACCAAGACAACAAUAGACCAAAUCAGCCUUCAGAAAGAAGAACGACAGAAGAGAAUUUGACUCUGCCAAAAUUUGCUAUUCUUGCCAAAUAUAUAGGUCUAAAGAUAAACAAUCUGACUGUGAUGUUACUUAAUACUAUGAUACCUGACUGUCUGGUACACUUAGAUGGACAGAGUAUAAACUUGGAUAUUGCCAUAGUAGAAGGAUGCUAUUCUGUGAUAUUAGAUGUUGUUGGUGUGAAUUGUAAAGCAUUAAGAAGUGUUACUACUGACCAGUUAUCACAACCCUGUUUAGCUGAAAUGUCCUGGAGCACAUUCAUACAUCUACAAGCAAGACAAGAUAAUAUUAAACAUUUAAAGUCUCUGAGAUUACUUAUAGACAAGCCUCAUGCCAACAUGACAGAAGGAUUUUUAUCAAGUUUACAGUUAGUGAAUAAGAAUAAACUAUCAGAGUCUCUUGGUGAUAAAGAUGUGCCAAAACAAAACACAGCCAAAUCAUUUAAUUGGAAGUUAAUACCGCAGGAAAUAGGAAUAGAUGUAACAGAAUUAGAUGUAAAGAUUGUAAGAGAAACAAAGCAAAGAACAUUAUCAGUUGGAUUGAAGACAUUCCAUACAGAGUAUCACCAAGAUAGUGCCUGCCAGGACGAAGAGAAAAGUUUCUGUGGGUUACUGUUAGAAGAUUUUCACACAGAAUCACCACAAGUCAAGUUUGCAGAAUUACUGAAGCUUAGUUUAAAAGUUUUGAUAAGUGAUACAGCAUUAGAAGCAAAUUCUAACGUCCAUGGAGGAUUCUUUAAUUACCACCAUGAAGAAGUACAGUACUGGUCAUCAGUUAUUACUAAGUUAUCUGCUCCUGAAAAUAAAUCGUCACUAGAACCUGAAAAUAUAGAACAGUCUAAACAUAUUAGUCCUAUGGUUGUGCAGUUUCUAAAGACAAGGGAGAUAACUGCUGAGAUAGAUUUUGUAGAGGUAUCUGCUGCCAUAUCAUCAGUAUCAUGUAGUGGUUUGUUGAUGGGACUUCAGACUACAAGAUUCUUCACUAGUUUAAAACCUACUGAUACAGAUGUCGGCAUUCCAUAUCUUGCACAUAACAUUUCAUGUGAUCUUGAAGUACAAACUGUUUGGUGUCAUCACUAUAAUUCUCAUGUAUCACCUGACGAGCUGAAGGGCAGUAAACAUUUCUGGAAUCAUGUCUUGUAUCUGGAACUGUUCAGGGGAAAGCUUAACCAGCAAGACAAAAUUUUAAGCUUAGAUGUUAUGACAACCUAUAUACAUAUAGAGUGGUCCACAAAUACUAUAAAUACACUUUUACAUUUCUUUGGUGCUAUAACUAGAAUACGGAGGAUGUCGGAGAAGCAACAGAGUAUAAAGACGACACAUCGGCCUUCCAUCUUACAGAAAUUUAACAUUGAUAUAAAACUUGAUGUGUCAUAUGUUAAUGUAUUCAUAGGAAAUAAUAAUAAUGUUGCCCUCAUGUUGCGAGUAGAUUCUGUGAUGUUAGACCACAGAAAACCAAAGAGUUACUUUGUUGUGGAGGGAACUAAAGUUAUUUAUAUACAGCAGAAAAAUAAAAUGAUGAAGCUUGUGAAGUCGGUAAACUUAAAGGAUCCAAUUAUACAUAUACAAGAAGUGAAAUGUGUGUACAAACACCAAGAAAAGAAUAUGACAAUACAUGUAUUAAAACAAGUGUCAUGUGACUGGAGUACGAGUCAUCACAUGUGUAUUAUACAAGCCAUCGAUGAUUUCACUGAACUAACCAGCAGAAUUAAUUUGAAACCCAAAAGAAGCAACACAGAACCUAAAAGAAUGGAAGUAACAUACAGUGUUAUAGUAACUGCUGAUGUUAUGCUUACACUCAGGCUCUCCAAACAAAGAUGGGUAUCUUUGACAAAGGAAAACAAAGUUGUAAUGACAUUAUCUGCUGAAGAAAUUCUACUACAAAUGGACAAAUUAAUCAUAAAGUGUGAAGGUCAUGAUAUUAUCACUAUUGAGGGAUUACUGUAUGGAACUUCGGGAGAAUGUACUUUACAGCAGGAGAGAGAAGAUGCUGGUUGUCUAGAACUCCCAACAAACAGAUUAUGGAAUUUUUCCUUUGACAGUUUUAUGAUCCUUUUUCCUUAUGGGUAUGAUUUUGCCUUAUGUUUUGAAGAGUUUGUGAAUUUAUUUAAAUGGUGGAAGUUAGUUCAUAAUUACAAGAGGAAAGAUUUUACACUAGAGAGUAAAUUACCUCCAGAUCUACAGAUAAAAGCAAAAUUGUUUAUGGUACAACUUGGAGACGAUCCAUUUGAAGUCAAGUUGGGUGACAAUUUUGAAUUACUGAAAGAUGAAUGUCAGGAGAAUAUUAUCAGGAAAAAUGUGAUGGAUCAAAAGAUAAAAACUCUCAGAAAACAACAUGGCUAUAUUCCUUCUGACACAAUUGAGGAACUAUAUGCAUCUUUGACUAAAAAGAGUAGUGAUAUAUAUGUGAAACGUUCCAGACUUCUUUAUGCUAAUACUCCAAUGAGAACAAAACUAUUUACAUGGACAAUGAAAGAUUUAGAAAUCAUAGCAAUGGCUGAUUUAUCAUAUCAUGGAAAGGAAAAUGCAGUAAAACAUAUGAGGGAAAUAGAUUCUGAUAGUCCCUAUCCAGAAGAAGGUCUAGAAUUUUUGACGCUAUGGUGUCGUUAUGUAACAGUUAAUAUUAACCAUUGGACUGUGAUGUUACGUGACUAUCCUCAGCCAAUGUUUGAUGUUAAAAAUCUUUAUCUAUGGGGAAGACUGGUUGGUGCUGAACAAGAUGGAACUAAAAGAGCUAAGAGAAGUUGUACAGUGGAGGUAGCAACUCCAUGGACCAAUAUGGAGGUAGAGAGAAAUUUACCGGCACUCAAGUUUUAUCAUGAUUUUAGCUGUGAUGUGGUAUCCUGGACGCAAGCCUAUGGGGCUAACUGGGAACCUUGUGUAGCUCAGUAUAAUGUUUGCUUUGACAAUGUUAACAAACCCUCGGUAGACCCGAGCAUACCCAUGCCAGUCUGGGAUAAAAUUAGACUUCUGCUUCAUGGAAGACUGACCAUUUCCAUACAGGAAAUGACCUGGUUAUACCAUGCUUCAUUUGAUCCUUACAACACGACAGAGUUCAUGGAUUGGACAUGGACUAAUCUAUUAAUGGAAUGGACAAAUGCUAAUUUUCUUCUAAAAGGAGAUUUUGACAUAUCAGUGAACACAGCUUCUAAAUAUGAUGAUUGUAAACUUCUACAUCUGCCUAACUUACGUUUAAACAUACAUUUAGACUGGAUAAGCCGUGGAGACCCUAAUGACCAUCAUGCUGUGAUGCCCUGUGCCCCUGACAAAGUACCAGAAUAUUCUUUAGAGGACCAUGAUUCUUUUAGAGCUUUUAGAUCACAGAAUUUGAGUGUAACAAUGUCACUCGACACCAAACCUAAACAUGACAACACACUGAAUGUACCUAAAUGUAUAUUUUAUGCCAGUACAUUGAGAUUUCUGGAUAAGAUUAAGCUCUGUUUAGCUGGGGUUACUAGGCCUACAAGAAGAGGUGCACUAUUUGACAGCAAUAAAUCAAGAAAACCUCAAUUAACAAGACAUUACAAGAGUAUAAAGAUGGCAGUGAACCUACACAGAUUUAACAUAUGUUACUGGAUGUCUUUCUCAAAACAACACGGCUCUGAACUUUUAGCUGAGUCAUUUGUACUCAGUGUGUGUAACGAUUUAUCUUUAGUUCCAAUAGAGGAUGGCUUGUUCCAUCGUCCAGCUGCAAACUGGAGUGUGAGAUAUUUAAGUUGUGAGUUACUGGGAGCUAAAACAUGGUUGUGUAGUGCUCAUAAAGAAUCUGAAGACGAACAACUUAACCAUUCCCUAAGAUUUCCAGUUGACAAAAGUUUCUUCAUAAGUGUCAGCAGGGUGACCUAUUUGAGAGGAGAAGUUGUAGAAUCGGAUUCUUCUGAUGAAGAGGAAGAUGUUAAAAAUGGUGCCAAACCUACCCAUUGUGUUCAUGUAUAUGAUAUGAAAGGAGCGUGGAACAAGAGUAAUAAUAUUGUACUGAUUGGUCUGUAUGACAGCUAUCAGAAGGCUCAGUCUCUUCGGAGGAACUUGUCAUCAGAUGCAUUAAAGGUGGUCAAGGUCGACGAAGGACGCAAUGCAAUUAAAAACAGGACAUCAUCAUUCCAGGACAGAGCUAGUUCCCCUACAGCAGAAAAAUCUGAUCCAUUUGCCAAAUCUCAGAGGGGUAAAGCUUACUCCAUGUUAAUGAAACUUGUGGCUGAGUCGGAUAGUAAAUCUAUUGUUUUCACUGAGGAGCCAUCAAGUGUCAACAUGGAUCAGUUACAAGGUGUGGCAGCAUGUCAGACAGAUGAUGUUACUCAGAAAAACUGGCUCAUUGAGUUACACAACAGUCAGGUGAUAGUAAAAGGUUGUGAGACACCAGGUCAUGUGAUUGUCAGUGCUGCCCAUGCCCAGGUGUUAUCAUGUAAUCAUGUACCAGUCUGGAAAGACAAUCAACUACGCAGCAAAACAACAUGGGUUUGCUCUGUGGAGUGUAUGCAGUAUUAUGCAACAGUUGAUUCUGGACCAGAGUGUGAUGAUGAUAAAAUGGCAUGGUUAUCUCCUGAGAAUGUGGAGGACCGGUCUGAACCAGAUUUAUCUGGUUUGACAGAAAUGGUAUCCAGUGGUCACAGUGUUGGUGGUGUUGUCUAUAGUUACUUUCCACAUUCCAAACAGAAAUCCAAGAUGAAGGAUUGUAUACAACUCCAAAGAAUUAUAUCAAGAUGUAAAUGUCAAAUAUUUUAUGCCUCCUAUGGAGAAUGUGAUCUCAGUUUACUGCCAGAAGUUCCACCUCCUCCUUCAGACGACUCUGAUAUGAUGUCUAGAGAACAAGGGGCGGAUAGUUUCACAUUACUACAUCAUGAUCUCAAUAUUUGUACAAAUUCUUCCCAGUAUUUGAUGAUUUUGGAUAUAGUCAAUAAUUUGUUGUUACAUACAGAACAAAGUAAAAAGGAGACAACAGAGAAAUUACAGAGUAUGAGAUUUCAACUACAGUUAUCUCCCAUGGAAGACCAGAAAACACCCAUACAGUUACUGCAGGAGAGGGUGCGAGAGGAAGUCCAGAAGCAAAGAAGAUUAGAGAAAGAUAUUUAUCUGAUCCAUAAAAUAUUAAAUGAUGAAGAUAUAGAACCAGACCCAGAUGAAUCACAUGACACAGCAGCACUCACAAGAGUCAGAACUACCAGAGAAGAAAGCCUUACAAACAAUGCAGACCAUCUGGAGAAGCUUUUGUAUGAGUGUAAAGAGCAAAUAAAUACACUUAAUGAGGAGUUAUCAAUUAGAAUCAGCUGUUUCCAAGAAAGUCAGUUGAUAAAAAUCAAAGCACAGAUGAAAAUGGCCAAAGAGAAACAAGCACAAGUUGAGAAGGUGAAUGAAGUGUGUUUUAAGUUUGCCCACUGGAGGUUAACAGAAAAAGAUGGACAGUUAGGUAUAGCAGAUCUGGUGUUGAGGAACUUUGUAUACAGUAAAGUAAACAGAGACAAUGAAACCUGGACUCAUCAGUUAGAACUGGGCUGGGUCAAAGUUACCAAUCUACAGCCAAAUACAAUGUACAAGGAUGUAUUAGUUCCAAGGGAUCCAUUAGGAAAGGAGAGUGACAGACAGAUGGCCUUGAGAAUAUUAUGCAGUGAAAGGUCACCAGUCGGUGGUAUAGCAGUGAAGGAACACUUUGAAGUAGUUGUAAUUCCUCUCCAGAUACAGAUCACAUACCAGUUCUACAAAAUUCUUCUAGCAUUCUUCUUCCCUGGAGAAACAGAUGAAGAUGAUGAUGUUGAAAAUAAGAAGAAGGAUAAAAAAGAAAAGGACAAAAAGAAGAAAGAAGCAAAGAAAUCCAAAUCUUCAUUUUAUAUUGAUGUUGAUAGUGAAGAUAUUGAUAAAAUGAAAGAGAGGGCUGCCAACAACAACACAUUUGUUUAUGUCAAGAUACCAGAAGUUUCAAUGCGUGUUAGUUACAAGGGAGAGAAAGAGAAGAACAUAGAAGAUAUCCAUGACUUUAGUAUUAUAUUGCCGACAUUUGAGUAUCACAAUCGUAUAUGGACAUGGUUUGAUAUAUUAAUGGCACUGAAGAAUGACAGUAAAAGACUUAUACUAUCUCAGGCAAUAAAACAGAAACUACACAUGAGAUCCAGAGUAGGGGAUGAAACUCCCCUAACAGAUGUACAACAGGAAGAAGACAAAAUGAAAAUGUUAUUAGGGGCCAAAUUGUUGGCAGGACAAGAUAAACCAAGAAAGAAAUCUCUUUUUGGGAAAUCACAGGAAAAAUAAUAUACAACUGUUAGCAAAGAGAACAAACAUAUGAUAUAAACAUGAGAUUACAAAAUGCUUCUUUGCAUUUACGUUUAGACAAAUAUAUAGUUAAAUAGUUUACAUAUUUACGAGGUCAUUAGCUACUCAUUAUUCUCUGUGAAACUUGCUUUUACAAGUUAAAAUAAUACUCAUUUAUUACUAUGACAUCUCACUAAUGGAAGAUAAUGUAUAAAGUGAAAUAUCACUAAUGGGAGAUAAUGUAUCAAGUGAAAUCUCACUAAGUGGAGAUAAUGUAUAAAGGGAAGUAUCACUAAGGGGAGAUAAUGUAUAAAAUUAAAUAUCACUAAGUGAAAUCUAACUAAAAGGAGAUAAUGUAUAAAGUGAAGUAUCACUAAUGGGAGAUAAUGUAUAAAGUGAAAUAUCACGAAGGGGAGAUAAUGUAUAAAGUGAAAUAUCACUAAUUGGAGAUAAUAUAUGAAUUGAAAUUUCACGACUGUUCUCAAAACAUAAUUUAUGAAUAUCUUGUAUGACCUGGUGUAAGGCAUAUCUCAUGAAUGCUGUACUUAGCAUUUAUGUUGUCUUUAGAGGUGCCAACUAUUGAAACCUUUCAAAGUAGCAGAUCACCUAUUUUAAGAAAAUUUUCUUUGGCAUGGAAACUGUUUCAUGUUUUCUAAAAUGAUAUACAAUCUUACUUUUUGCAGUUAAAUUAUUUAUAAUUAUUAAUAAUUAUUUAUAAUUACUGUAACAACAUGUCACCUACCUUUACUAUAAACCAACUUAUUUUCAUGGAUAAUUUAUUUCAUUUUUAGCUCACCUGGCCCGAAGGGCCAAGUGAGCUUUUCUCAUCACUUGGCGUCCGUCGUCCGUCGUCGUCCGUCGUCGGCGUUAACUUUUUACAUUUUGAACUUCUUCUAGAGAACCACUGAAUGGAAUGAAACCAAACAUGACAUGAAUGUUCCUUAUGAGGUGCUGACCAAGUGUUGUUACUUUGUAGCCCAUCCAUCAUCCAAGAUGGCCGCCAGAGGGGGACUUAGUUUAACAUAGGACCCUAUGGGAAAUGCAUACAAAUGACUUCUUUUAGAGAACCACUGAAUGGAAUAAAACCAAACAUGGCAUGAAUGUUCCUUAUGAGGUGCUCACCAAGUGUUGUUACUUUGUAGCCGAUCCAUCAUCCAAGAUGGCCGCCAGCGGGGGACUUAGUUUAACAUAGGACCCUAUGGGAAAUGCAUACAAAUGACUUCUUUUAGAGAACCACUGAAUGGAAUAAAACCAAACAUGGCAUGAAUGUUCCUUAUGAGGUGUUGACCAUGUGUUGUUACUUUGUAGUCGAUCCAUCAUCCAAGAUGGCCGCCAUCGGGGAACUUAGUUUAACAUAGGACCCUAUGGGAAAUACAUACAAAUGUCUUCUUUUAGAGAACCACUGAAUGGAAUGAAACCAAACAUGGCAUGAAUGUUCCUUAUGAGGUGCUGACCAAGUGUUGUUACUUUGUAGCCGAUCCAUCAUCCAAGAUGGCCGCCAGCGGGGGACUUAGUUUAACAUAGGACCCUAUGGGAAAUACAUAAAAAUGUCUUCUUUUAGAGAACCACUGAAUGGAAUGGAACCAAACAUGGCAUGAAUGUUCGGUAUGACAUGCUGACCAAGUGUUGUUACUUUGCAGUCGGUCCAUCAUCCAAGAUGGCCGCCAGCGGGGGACUUAGUUUAACAUAGGACCCUAUGGGAAAUACAUACAAAUGUCUUCUUUUAGAGAACCACUGAAUGGAAUGAAACCAAACAUGGCAUGAAUGUUCCUUAUGAGGUUCUGACCAAGUGUUGUUACUUUGUAGCCGAUCCAUCAUCCAAGAUGGCCGCCAGCGGGGGACUUAGUUGAACAUAGGACCCUAUGGGAAAUACAUACAAAUGUCUUCUUUUAGUGAACCACUGAAUGGAAUGAAACCAAACAUGGCAUGAAUCUUCCUUAUGAGAUGCUGACCAAGUGUUGUUACUUUGUAGUCGAUCCAUCAUCCAAGAUGGCCCCCAGCGGGGGACUUAAUUUUACAUAGGACCCUUUGGGAAAUACAUAAAAAUGUCUUCUUUUAGAGAACCAAAAAAUGGAAUGGAACCAAACAUGGCAUGAAUGUUCCUUAUGAGAUGUUGACCAAGUGUUGUUACUUUGCAGCCGAUCCAUCAUCCAAGAUGGCCGACAGCGGGGGACUUAGUUUAACAUAGGACCCUAUGGGAAAUACAUGCAAUUGUCUUCUUUUAGAGAACCACUGAAUGGAAUUGAACCAAACAUGGCAUGAAUGUUCCUUAUGAGUUUCUUACCAAGUGUUGUUACUUUGCAGUCGAUCCAUCAUCCAAGAUGGCCGCUAGGGGGGGGGGGGGCUUAGUUUAACAUAGGACCCUAUGGGAAAUACAUACAAAUGUCUUCUUUUAGAGUACCACUGAAUGGAAUGAAACCAAACAUGGCAUGAAUGUUCCUUAUGAAGUGCUGACCAAGUGUUGCUACUUUGUUGCCGAUUUACUGUUCAAGAUGGCCACCAGGAUAUUUUAUUAAAUAACGGGACCAAUAUUAAUCAAAAUUUGGCCUCAAUCAUUAUUUGGGUAUCUGUUAUGAUUUUUAUCUAUCUUUACAUGAUUUCUAAAACCAAAGUAGAGUCAGGUGAGCGACACAGGCUCUUGAGAGCCUCUAGUUUUUGCUCUUUCUAGUCGACUUCACAGGAAUUAUCUCAUUUUUGCUAUGUACGUAUGUAUUAAUAUAAAGGUAGACCCAAGUUCUAACAUAUUUGCAAUGAUGAAUAUUCAUGUUAUUUUUCUAAUCACCAAAGCAAGUGGGAUUGCUGCAUUAAGAAACUAUAUUUAGACAAUGGUUUGUCAAUUUUAAAAGUACAUCAUUCUUACUUGCAAUUAAAUAAUGUUAUAAGAGCAUGAAAUAAUCAGUUUAGAUUUCUGUGUAGUGCUUUGAAAACAUAUUUGUCUUUUCUUCAUUUUACUUUUUUGACUAUGGUAUCAUCUGUCUUUUUUUCAACUUGUCCUUUUUUGGUUGUCCCGUUGUUAUCGUCUGAUUUUUGUGUUUUAAAAGAUGAUUUUAUACACCUGAAAAAUUCUCAGAUAAAAGUUAUCAAUAAGUUGUAGAAUAUAUUUUUUAUCUGUGGGGGAGGGAUUACAUUAUUAUUGCAAUUGUUAUUUUUUUAUGUACAAAUAUUAAAUCAAAUGUAAGCAGAAAUUAGUGCAAUAUUUGAUAUUUAUGGUUAUAUUAAUUUUUUCGAAAUAUGCAAUGUCAUAAUAAAUUGAGGGAACAGUUAACUAUAUAGUGGUAUGUAGAAUUUGUGAAGACUAUAUGUUGCCUUCUAGAUGUUAUUUGGUAUUGUGGAUGUCUCACUGACAAAUAAUACCCCACAUCCCUUUGUUAAUAUGAAAUCAAUGUUUCAAGUUUAAAUGAUUUUAAAGUGUUGCCACAUAUUUGAUCAAAAGUAUUUAUGAAGAUUCUUUAAAUUUAGCAAUUAUUGUGUGCAUUUGUUAUUGCGAAUUCUUGACCACUGGCAAAAAUGUGUAAUCAAUUAAUGUGAUUUCUAAACCUCAUAAAGGAAAAUAUUAUUGUGAACCUUAUAGUCUGAUAAUGUCGCAUUUUUUGCAUCAAUAAAAAAAUCACAAUAAUUUCUGAAAUUUACAGUACCUACAUCAAAGUUUGAAAUUUACUACUACUACAUAUAGUAGCUAUCAGGCAAAUUGCGAGUUCAAUUGAGAUUAUUACUAGCAAUUAAGAUUAGCCCGUCUAAUAUCAAGUUUGAAAAAAUUGUUACAAAAGCAACAAAUAAAUGUACAGUGCUUCAGUUGAGGAAAAAUGGUUUGUUUAGAAAAGCAAGGGGCAAAUAAUUUGUUUUUUAUCCCUAUAAACGGUCACUAUAUAUAUAUAGCAGUGCAAUACAUGUGAAACCAGGAAAAUAUAUCUUUGGACGAGAUAUUGUUUUCAACAAUACUAGUGCUAGUUUUGCAUUAGGGAUAGAAAUUUUGUGGGAUAUAUGUUUGUAUUCAUUUUUAAUUAGUUGCAUUACAUUGAUAUGAUUAGUUUAUUAUGAUGAGUUAUUGUGCAUUGUCAUAGUUAUUUAUUUUUUAAUAUUUGCACUUUAUGUGAAACCUGUCUGAACUUAACCUUGAUUUUAUAGUCAGAACAGAAACCUGUUGGGGUAGAUUCAUUUAUUUUCGAGGGUAUCAAUAUUCAUGGAUUGAGGAAAACUUGCUUUUUUCUGUGGAUAUUUAAUUUUGUGGUUUUGUCAAAGUCUGCAUAUGCAACUUUAAAGAAAAUGUGUCAUUCAUUGAAUAUUUUUUAAUUAUUAAUUCUGAUCGUUCACCCGUACUCACGAAGAUUGGUAUCCAACGAAUAAUAAUGAGUCCACAGUAUAUAUAAACCCUUGUAUGCUGACAUACAAAUACUAUGUUUUAAUAUUUGUAAUAUAUCCUGUGUAAACUGGGCAUUUGUCUAGUGGGGACUAGCAAUCAGAUUCGAAAGAGUUUUCUGUAGACAGGUUUCAUCAUAUAUCAUUGUUGGUGCUUGAAAAUUGUGAAAACAUGAUAAUCUGAUCUGUGAUAAUAAAAGAAUUAAAUUGUUA